CUUCCUCCCUCCUCCACACUCCGCCCCGCUACUGCUCUCCUUUUCUUUGUCACGGUGGGGCUAUGCGUCAGUUGCCGAAAGGUGGGGACAUUUCCUGGCACAUUUGCAACACCGAUCAGUCGUCUCAAGGGAGGCCGGGCCCAUCUCGUCACCAGGCCUGGGAGGGGAAGCCCUGGGGGCCGUGGGGCAGCCUCUCCUCUUCUCCUGACAGCUCUCCCGGCCUCCCGGUUCCCACUUGACCAUGUCCCUGGCCGAGGCCAUCAGCCUCUGGAAUGAAGGGGUGCUGGCAGCCGACAAGAAGGACUGGAAGGGAGCCCUGGACGCUUUCAGCGCGGUCCAGGACCCCCACUCGCGGAUUUGCUUCAACAUCGGCUGCGUGCACACCAUCCUGGAGAACACGCCUGCCGCGGAGAAGGCCUUUACCAAAAGCAUUAACCAAGACAAGCACCUGGCGGUCGCUUACUUCCAACGAGGGAUGCUCUACUACCGGACAGAGAAAUACGACUCAGCCAUUAAAGACCUUAAAGAGGCCUUGGCUCAGCUCCGCGGGAACCAGCUCAUAGACUACAAGAUCCUGGGGCUGCAGUUCAAGCUGUUCGCCUGCGAGGUGUUAUAUAAUAUCGCUUUCAUGUACGCCAAGAAGGAGGAAUGGAAAAAGGCUGAAGAACAGUUAGCAUUGGCUUCGAGCAUGAAGUCUGAGCCCAGACAUUCCAAAAUCGACAAGGCCAUGGAGUGUGUCUGGAAGCAGAAGCUGUACGAGCCGGUGGUGAUCCCUGUGGGCAGGCUGUUUCGACCAAAUGAGAGACAAGUGGCUCAGCUGGCCAAGAAGGAUUACCUCGGCAAGGCUACGGUGGUGGCGUCCGUGGUGGACCAAGACAGUUUCUCUGGGUUUGCCCCUCUGCAGCCACAGGCGGCUGAGCCUCCACCCAGACCCAAAACCCCAGAGAUCUUCAGGGCUCUGGAAGGGGAGGCUCACCGUGUGCUGUUCGGGUUUGUGCCCGAGACAAAAGAGGAGCUCCAGGUCAUGCCAGGGAACAUCGUCUUUGUGUUGAAGAAGGGCAACGACAACUGGGCCACGGUCAUGUUCAACGGGCAGAAGGGGCUUGUUCCCUGCAACUACCUGGAACCCGUCGAGCUGCGGAUCCAUCCUCAGCAGCAGCCCCAGGAGGACAGCUCCCCAGAGCCUGACAUCCCAGCUCCUCCUAGUUCCAAAGCCCCAGGAAGACCUCAGCUGUCACCAGGUCAGAAACAAAAAGAAGAGCCCAAGGACGUGAAGCUCCGCGUUCCCAUGCCCUGCACACUCAAGGUGCACUACAAGUACACGGUGGUCAUGGAGACGCAGCCUGGGCUCCCCUACAGCCAGGUCCGGAACAUGGUGUCUAAGAAACUGGAGCUCCUUCCAGAACACACGAAGCUGAGCUAUCGGCCUCGGGACAGCAACGAGCUGGUGCUGCUUUCAGAAGGUAACAUGAAGGAUGCCUGGGGCCAGGCGAAAAACUACUGCCUGACUCUGUGGUGUGAGAACACAGUGGGUGACCAAGGCUUUCCAGAGGAACCCAAGGAAAGUGAAAAAUCUGAUGCUAAUAACCAUCCAACAGAAGCUCAGCUUAAGGAAGGGAGCCAAGUGGUAGCGCUCUUUAGUUAUGAGGCCACCCAACCAGAGGACCUGGAAUUUGCGGAAGGGGAUGUAAUCCUGGUGCUAUCAAAGGUGAAUGAAGAAUGGCUGGAAGGGGAGUGCAAAGGGAAGUUUGGCAUUUUCCCCAGAGCUUUUGUUGAAGAACGUGCAACCACAGAUUUGAAAAGCACUCCUAGAGAAGUCUAGGAUGGUUUACAACCUACGAAGUCAAACAAAAGGAAUCCUUUCUUUCUUUCCAAGAUUUAGCACACCUCUGCUAUAGUCUGGAAGUGUUAACCUCAAUCUUCCCUGUUAAAAUUUAACCUGUCAGACAAUGAUGUGAGUACCCAGGACGACGACUGCCUGGGGCACAGUAGGGGGAGGAGUGGUGGAUGGCAGCAUCUGAGGGGGGUCUUCUAGGGUGUUGAUAAUCUGUUUCUUGUUCUGAGUGCUGGCUACCCAGAUGCAUUCACGUUGUAAAAAUUCACUGAGCCGUACACUUAUGAAUGAUGCACUUCUCUGUGUGAUACCUCAAUAAAAAACUUAAUCUUACAAAAACAAAACAAGACACCAAGAGUCCAGGCCCAAGGGCUAAGCAUAAACAUUCCAGUUCCUGUACCAUACUAUCGCAGACUCUUAUAAGGCUUAAAGUAACCUUACAGUAAUUCAGAAGGCAUACACAUAUAAAUAUCGUUUUCUUUUUUUCAUUAAGUGUCAUUGCUUUAACAGAAACUAGAGUGACAGGUUCUCAUGGAAUAUAACAUUCAAUUCCAUAGGGAAUUAAAAUACUAGAAUUACAUCCCUUUAUGCCUUCUCAGAGAGGAAUAUUUGUUAAGAGUUCAAUAUUGCAUAUAUGGCUGGGCGUGGUGGCUCACACCUGUAAUCCUAGCACUCUGGGAGGCCA